CUACCGGGGGAAGAGUCGGUUCUUCCUCCUUUUUGUAAUUUUUUUCGCAGGUGCGAGUUUUCUUCGUUUCAUGGCCAUAAGGUCCCUCCGCUUGAUUCAGAAAUAUCGUCUAGUCUCUGUUUACAUCUCGACAACUUUCCCGAGGUGUUCUUCACAUCUUCAUCUUCUUCCGGUUAGAACCCCAAGGGCACCCUCUCCCUUUGGCCUUCCGAGGAUCUCUUGCGAGUCUCCACUCGCAUACGCAGAGGAAGAACGGCCAGUACGCCACCGCUUAUCGUCGUCCCUAGCAGCAAACCUGGCUCAGAAGAUCGGAAAAUCCAUCCGCAGGCCUGGCGCCGUUUCAAAGGCUAGGGUUCAUGCCGACGUUAACGUACUCCGCCCCAAAGAAUACUGGGAUUACGAGUCCCUUACCGUCCAGUGGGGGGACCAGGACGAUUAUGAAGUAGCGAGGAAGGUGGGAAGGGGAAAAUACAGCGAGGUCUUUGAAGGUGUCAAUUGCACCAGUGACCAGCGUUGUAUUAUAAAGAUCCUCAAACCCGUAAAGAAGAAGAAGAUCAAAAGGGAGAUUAAAAUCCUGCAGAAUCUUUGUGGAGGGCCCAAUAUCGUGAAGUUGCUGGAUAUUGUCAGAGAUCAGCAGUCAAAGACUCCUAGCCUUGUAUUUGAAUAUGUGAAUAAUACAGAUUUUAAAGUGCUUUAUCCAACAUUAACUGACUACGAUACUCGAUAUUACAUCUAUGAACUGUUGAAGGCACUAGAGUAUUGCCAUUCACAAGGUAUUAUGCACCGAGAUGUGAAGCCCCACAACGUCAUGAUUGAUCAUGAGCAGCGUAAGCUUCGUCUUAUAGAUUGGGGGCUUGCAGAGUUCUAUCAUCCAGGAAAAGAGUACAAUGUUCGGGUUGCUUCAAGAUACUUUAAAGGCCCAGAACUUUUAGUUGACUUGCAAGAUUAUGACUAUUCUUUAGACUUGUGGAGCCUUGGUUGUAUGUUUGCUGGAAUGAUAUUCCGUAAGGAGCCAUUUUUCUAUGGGCACGAUAAUUAUGAUCAACUGGUCAAAAUAGCUAAGGUACUUGGGACUGAUGAAUUAAAUGCCUACCUGAACAAAUACCAUUUGGAGUUGGACCCGCACCUCGAGGCCCUUGUUGGGAGACACAGCAGGAAACCAUGGACGAAGUUCAUUAAUGCUGAUAAUCAACAUUUAGCAGUUCCAGAGGCAAUUGAUUUUCUUGACAAAUUGCUGCGAUAUGACCACCAAGAAAGGCCAACUGCAAAAGAAGCAAUGGCUCAUCCUUAUUUUCUUCCGGUGAGGAGUGCAGAGAGCAGCAGGACCCGUACCCAAUAGCCUGAAUUCUACUUCCUGAUUGGAAAUUGGCUUGAUUCCACUUUCUGAUCAGGAAUGGGGUGUUUUUUUUCCCCUUCUUUUUUGUUUAGAUGGGCUAUAAUCUCAUUGUUGUUAUUUUCUGCUUUGGCAAGGAUUGUCUUUAAAUUUGGAACUUUCAAAAGGAAAAUCUGUGCUGUUCAGUGGUCAAUAAACAUCACCACCUUGUAUUUGGAUUCAUUCUUCACAAAGAAUUAUUUCCGUCCCUCCAUUAUUCUUCUCUA